AUAUAUGUGGUAUAUUCUUUAAAACAAUCGCCUGAGAGUACUACACGUCAGGUCUGGUGUUUACUCUCAAUCAGCUGACUGGAGCCGCUGCUUCACACUCUCAGGAAUAAGUGAGCUGUCAACCUAGACUGGGCACAAGAUAUAACAAGCCUGCAAAAAAAAAGAAAGGUGAAGAAAAACUAUGUAAGCAGAGAGGUCUUCAUGAACAAAACUGCUGCUAACUUUCUUCAGAAUCAGUGAAAUAUCUUUCAUUUUACAUUCCGGUUAAAAUGGAGCCUCUGUACCACCAAACAAACCGUCUGUUGCAAGAGAUAACCUCUAAUGAUCUUGCAAAAGUUGAGCAGUCACGCACACCUGAAGAAUACAGUGAGGCAGAGAGCGUGGUCAUGCAGAAGCUGGACACUAUUCAUUCCAACUGCACUCGCUUGAGUAUAUUGAUCAACAAGGAGCCACCAUCUAGACGUGUAAAUGCUAAGUAUCGAGUUGAUCAGUUGAAGUAUGAUCUUCAGCAUGUCCAGAACUCGUUUGGGAUGCUCCAGCACCGCAGACAGGUGCGGGCUCGUGAGAUGCAGGAAAGAGAUGCAUUACUUUCUCGGAAAUUUACCACUAACGACCAACAGGAAACUUCAAUUUUCUUAGACCAUGAACUUCAACAUCAUGAUAAACUACAGGAUGCCAAUCGGAAUGUAGAUGAACUACUAGGAGCAGGUACUAAUAUUAUGCAGAGUCUGCGUGAUCAAGGAUCAACACUGAAGGGUGCUCAUAAACGUGUUCUGGACCUGGCAAACACACUUGGCCUUUCUAAUACUGUCAUGAGAAUGAUAGAGAGACGUUCCACCCAGGACAAAUAUAUUUUAUUUGCUGGUAUGGUUAUUGUACUUCUCUGUUUAUAUUUUGCAUUAAAGUACUUAUGAAAUUAGUUUAGAUGACUUCAGAUUGUAGAAAAAUAAAUGUGAGAUCAAUUAGUAAUUUUUUCCUAUUUACACAGUGCCCAUUUAGUGCACAAAGUCUUGCCAUGGGGCAGUUGCAGGUAGACAUGAGCAUUGCAUGAUAUUGAAGAUGUUCUCAGCGAGUCUUUGUUUCUAAGUCACAAGGCAAGCUAUUACCAGUAACUUCAUACACACAUUUUUCACAGAUUUUUCAGAGGGAUUAGUUGUGUGUCAUUGACAGCUGCAGUCACAGAUUAUUUGGUUUACUCCAUUGGUUUUAUUACCAUUUUCAAAUGUCUUUUGUUGGAUAUACAAAUUUUAUAGGAUAUUCUUCUUUCAACAAACCAGCUGUAUCCCACUAAGGCAGGGUGGCCCAAACGAAAAAAAGAAUUUUAGGAAAAAACGAAAGUUUUGUAGGAUAUUACCUUAUUAAAUUUGUGUAUAGUGUUAGGAUGAACUUUUCCAGGAGUUAAGGGUAUGUUCCCUCACAAAAGCUCACAGUUCAGGUAUAUUACGUAAUGGGUUUUACUUGUCAGAAUAAUGUGUACACUUGUAAUAUUUUUCACAAGCUAGGUUUUAUAAUUUUAAUAUAGUCAUGAGAUUGCCAAUUUACAUACUUGUAUGUUGGAGAAUCCUUAUUUUACAUACACAUUUUGUAAAUGAUAUAUACAUUUUAUAAUUAAAGCAUUUAUUAGUUUGUAAAACGAAAUCUACACAGUAUUUUUAAUAAUAAGCGUACUCUAAGGAAAGACAUGAUUGGUGCUUAUUUUUUCUUUUUCUUUAAAUGUCAUUAUGAUAUUAGUUGGAUAGGUAUAAACAUCAAUGUACAGCACUUUGUUGUCUCUUGUCCAAGCUUCACUACAUGUGCUGUGUGUAUUUUAUAAUAGUAAACAUUGCUCAGUGUUAAGUGAAUGCCAAUUUCAAGUUGUAUUGAUGUUGUGUGGGAGAAACAAAAGAUUCAAAUAAAAGUACUUUUUUAUAAAA